ACACACAUUAAUUAACUUUCUCAAAAUGAAAAAUAUAAAAACAGGAUUUUCAAUUACAAGAGGGAUAGGUAGUUACAAUGCCAAGGGGGUAGCUGAGAGUGGACGGUCAAGGUUGAACCCACAGCUCAGUUUCACCGGCCAACAACCACCGUCUGCCGCUAGUCUUUCUCGCAUAUCCGAAGAUCAUAAUAAUGCGGGCCCCUCCGACAACGACCGGAGGAAAUCUUCCCGUUCGUAUUCUGCCGCCUCCGGCAGUGGCAGCGGCAGUGGCGGUGGAUAUGGGGCCUUGGGCUCGUGGGACCAAACUCAUCCUAUAAUCUUCUCCGUUGCCCAACCCAAUGGAGCUCAUAACAUCGAUUCUCAGUUUCAUUUCAGCAUGUCACAAGAAAUGGCAUCAAUGGAUAAGCUACUGAACAUCCCACAAGAUUCUGUCACGUGCAAGAUUCGUGCUAAACGCGGUUUCGCUACGCAUCCUCGUAGCAUUGCUGAAAGGGAAAGAAGAACACGGAUUAGCGGAAAGCUGAAGAAACUGCAAGAUCUUGUCCCGAACAUGGAUAAGCAAACUAGCUAUGCAGACAUGCUGGAUUUAGCAGUUCAACACAUAAAAACCCUUCAAAAUCAGGUUCAGAAACUGCACACUGAACUUGAUAGUUGUACUUGUGGAUGCAAGAAGACCAGAGAUUCCUAACAGAACCAAUAUUUCAUUAUUAUAUUUUUGUUUUUCUUUAUUAUUAUUAUUAUUAAAAUAAUAUUAUUAUACAUUGAUUUAGCUAGUCAUGCAUGAAAGCAUCCACUUAAUUAUUAAUUAGAAGCAACUUUUCAUUGGAAAUAAUAUAUCAGAUUUGUAUAUAGAGGAACAACUUAUUAUCUUUAAGGUUAAAAGCGGAAUAUGUGUUGUUGCUUCUAAAUUUUUGAAGGGUAUGUGUGUAAAUUCCUUGAAUUGUCAUUUUUUUUCAUUUUGAAGUUAUGUGAAGAUCAACUUUUACUUUUUCUUGUAACUUCAAGUUUUAUUGUAAUAUCUUCAAAAAUAUUUGUUCGGGAUUUGUGAUUAUGCUUAUUUUAACGAAAGUAAUUUUUGU